CGCUCAUUUCAAUUACUUUUUUUGGACGGAUCGAGAGGUUGCUCGCUCUCUUUAUUUGGAUCGACACAGGCUGGCUUCGAAGGCGUAUUGACAUCACAAGAGCACGAAUCCGACGUCAGCAAGUGCCAGAUUGAUACGUAUGCUGGGCUCGUGCAAUACUCAAGGAGGCUAGAUUUGUCCUUGCAGCUGUUCGACAAGCGCGGACUUUAGCAGACAUGUCUCCGCCACAGGCCAUGUCCCAGGCGGACCGACAAGCAGGUCGCCCUCAAAUGCCGGACUUAGCAUCGCUGAUUCCUCCUUCGUCUGCGAUCACCACCGACGCCCUGGUGACAGCGCCGACACCUCACCUCGAGACGCCACCUGGCGAGUCCAAGGCUUCUUCCUCAGCGAAUCCUCUCUUUCAAGCGGCCGCCGCCGCCGCCGCCGCCGCCGAUAUACGCCCCGAGGAAGACGACUUGAACGACGACGAGCGCGUAAAGAUGGCGUCAAUGACACUGCAAGCCUCGGGACCUGGCUGGGCGCUACUCCCCCAGCGUCGAGCUGCAAACCUCGACCUGAGCCACACCGACCCCAUCAAGGGCUGCUCCACCGCCACCCCCACGGCAGUGGUGGGCUUGGAUGGAACCGGACGGAACUGCAGCGCCGAGGACAGUAGCAAUGGCAGCAGUACAACCAGUAUUGGAAGCUCAAGCUACGUAGCCAACAGUCAGGGAUCGAGGAGCAGCAACGGGAGCAAAGACGUCGUUCUGCCGACCAUCAACAGCAAGCGAAAGGUGGAUGACUCGGACUCGGACAUGGAGCCGCUUGACCACACGCAGAGACCGGAUGAAAAGAUCCGAUGUACGAAUGGUCUCGAUGCCAACAGACGGCCACGAAGCUCGAGCUUACACGCCUUGCAAGUCGACACUCUCUCGGCUCCACGAAGCGGUCGUUUUGCUGACUCGAGCCCGGCAUCGGCCCUCCGUCAUGUUUCUGAGAUCCCCGCUGAAGGUGCUGGUCUGCGCGGCUCAGACGCUCAUGUCCCUGCCGGUGCUGUUGAAUCUUCGUCCGGCGUCGACUCGCUGAUGAACGACGGCGAGGGUGCGAAUGGAGCCCUCGCGACGGCUCCGUCCGGCUGGAAGAUCGGCAACGCCUCAUCAUUUGCUCCCCCAGCGGCCAAGAGACUCUGUAUAAGGCACCAACGCAUGGCCGACGAGGGAGUCACUGCUAGGCUUCAACGGUCGAUUGACUCGCUUCCGUUGGCCGACCAAACAGCCGUGAACACGGUGUGGUCCUUGUUCUCGUCGUCGCCCCACCCAAGAAGGGCAUUGAUGCUCCAAGGUCUCUUGACCAUGUGCUGCUUCUCGCAGCUCUCUCUCCUCUCAUCGGAGCUGGCCCUCGCCAUUCGUAUCGACCCAUUCAGCCUCUUUCCCAGAGAAGUCAGCCUCAAGGUGCUUCGUCACCUUGAUGCCAUCAGCCUAGGCCGCGCAGCUCAGGUUUCGCGAACUUGGAGGAGCCUGGCCGACGAUGACCUGCUAUGGAGAAACAUGUGCGAGCAGCACAUCGAAAGGAAGUGCGAGAAGUGUGGUUGGGGUCUUCCGUUACUCAACGAGAAGCGAAAGAAGGCGCGCCAGCUUGCUCAGCCCGGCAGCUCGCGCUUGUCGACAUCUCCAGCACCAAGCACCAGCCCGGCCGCGAAUGGAACUGUGUCUGCGUCAGGCUCGCUGAAGAGGAGCAUCACGGCGGCGGCCAAUGCAGCUGCCCAAGAGCGACAUGCCAAAUCAACAAAUGCGUCGAGGAGCAGCAGCCCAUCCCCCACAGCAACGGUGGCGGCCACAAAGACUCAACAGGCGACCACGAGGCCGUGGAAGUCUGUCUACUGUGAGAGGCUAGCCAUUGAGCGCAAUUGGCGUCGUGGUCGAUACACGACCAAGAUCCUUUCCGGCCACACCGAUGGAAUCAUGUGUCUUCAGUAUUCCGAGUCCCUUGCCCACCCAGCAUUCCCAGUCGUCAUCACUGGCUCUUACGAUCGAACCGCACGUAUCUGGAACAUGGAGACGGGCGAAGAGCUGAGGGUGCUGCGCGGACACACGCGAGGCGUGCGCUGCCUUCAGUUCGAUGAGGCCAAGCUCAUCACAGGGUCCAUGGACCGGACGCUGAAGAUCUGGAACUGGCGUACGGGCGACCUCAUCAGGACCCUCGAGGGCCAUACGGAAGGCAUUGUCUGUCUCCAUUUCAACGAGGACACACUGGCUAGCGGCAGUGCAGAUAGCAACAUCAAGAUCUGGAACUUCCGCAGUGGCGAAUGUUUCACGUUGCGAGGCCACACCGACUGGGUCAAUGCUGUUCAGCUAUGGACGGGAAAGCGGUCUCGCGACGCGCAAGCCCAAGCCACGCGCACCGAUUGGAAGUCAGGAAAGGUUGAGGCUGCGCCAGCAGACGAGGAUCACGCUCAGAACCGAGAUCGCAAGUCAAAUGACGGUCAGCCCCCCUCGUUUCUCUUCUCGGCCUCGGACGAUGGCACGAUUCGUCUGUGGGACCUCGAGGAGCGCGAAUGCCUCAUGUCGUAUGACGGUCACGUCGGUCAGGUGCAGAGCAUCAAGCUGGUUAUGCUCGACGAUGAAGCCGUGAGAAAGCUAGCUCAGAGCGCUGGCGGCGGGCCGGGAGCAGAAGAUGCCGACGCGAUGCGAAGACGAGAGAUUCGAAUGCAGCGCAACGAGCCUCAGCGCACGCGGGCCACCUCUACUGACGACGACCAUGAAGACGUCGGAAGAGAAGGGGCCGAGGGCGAGGCGAGCACCUGUGGCUACAACCCACCUGCCGUGCCCGGUGGACGAGCGGCCAACACAGGCUCGGCACCAGCAAUUCCCGACCACUUUGCAUAUGUCGCCGCUGCUUCAACUUCUUCGUCGCCAUCAAUGGGACGCCGACGCGAAUCUGUUGCUAGACCAUCGACGCCCCGAAGAAGGAUUGACCCCGCCCUGCUUCACUUGCAAGACCGCCUCUGCAAGGCUGGCCUCGUCGCGCCGCUCCCCCUCGACGCCGAGCUGAGCGACUUGGAGGGCCCCCUCGCGUACGACUACGUCUCCUCCUCUUCCGACAAAGGUUCCCAUCACCGUUCUGCCCCUCGCCCUGUCCUGAUCAGCGGCUCACUCGACAACACGAUCCGCCUCUGGUGCGUGCGCACCGGCCGCUGCAUCCGCACACUCUUUGGCCACACCGAAGGCAUCUGGUCCUUGUCCCUCGACAAACUCCGCAUUGCCAGCGCUUCGCACGAUCGUUGCAUCAAGACGUGGGACACCGACUCGGGCGCAUGCAAGCAGACGCUGGUCGGACACCGAGGCGCCGUGACGUGCGUCCAGCUUGGCGACGACAAGAUCGUCUCUGGCAGUGACGACGGUGAUUGCCGCAUCUGGUCAUUUGCACCGAGAUCCGAGUCUUCCUGAACUUGGUCCAUUUUCGCUUUUGCGCCUGUCUUGGUCCCUACCCUACUUUGCUGGUCGCUAUUUCCUUCCCCCAUCUCAAUAUUGUUCGUGGGAUUCCUGUCACUGCCUCUACCUUGUCCAUAGGUAAUCUUGUCUGUGUCUCUGGGUUUUUUUUUCUAUUCUCCAGUUCUUUCAAUUUGUAUAUUACCAUGGCCAACACCCACAUCAUGAAUAUCAAAGCUCUCUCC